AUAUUGAUUUGUUCCUCCUGUUGUGUGUGAUCUAUCCAGUCAGGAUAGAAUAACGUUCAUUUGUUGUGAUUGGUAAUUUUUCCUCAUCUUCUAUCAACUUCUUUAUUUAUUGUAAUUUAGAUUUAAUUGAUUGAACAAUCAUUGGUUGAAUAGCCGGGUGAUAAUAUUUGUUUAGGUAAUGAUUUACAUUAAAUUUAUUAUGAAUUAUAGAACCGCUAGUUACCCGAUUACUUGUUCUGAUUUCGACGGGAAAGGGCGCAUGUCUAAAGUCCCUGGUAGGCUAUUCUUCAACAUCCAAACCGUAGUUUGGAUCCUACAGUUCUAAACAAUUAUUACUUGGCCGAAAUCCUUUGGUAAUCGUUCACGGAUUUUCUGGAAAUAAUUGGUCGUGUCGCUUAUAAUGCCAGUUAAUCGUCGAAGGAGAUCAGGCUCAAAGUUCGUCGAUGUUAACGAAGAAUCCCCUAUUGUCAAGCAAGUGCCUUUUGACGUCCUUAAGGGUCAUGGUUCAGACUUAAAUAGGGUUAAUUAUCAUGGCAGUGAUUCUAGCCUUAAUUCGAUGUCAGAUGAUGUAAAAAUCUUAGUUUAAAGGAGGAGCAAAGGCCUGAAUUACUAGGAAAGAGCAUGUCGCCUAUAGUCCACGUUGUUGGCCCAGAGCUACCAAAGGUUGAAUUGAGUUAUAUCGAUGGAGAGCCAAGAGGUUAUUGGAAAUUUAUAAGGCAAUUUGAGACGUAUGUAGCAUCAAGAGUCACGGAUGAUAGCCAGCGCUUGCUCUAUUUGAUACACUACUGUAAGGGCAAGGCUAAAACAGCUAUUGAAGGUUGCGUCAUGAUGGAGGCAUCCUCUGGCUAUAAAAGAGCAAGGGAGAUUUUAAAACGUUUUUUCGGACAGCCUCACGUAAUUGCUCGAGAAACACUAGAGGACUUAUUCAGUGCUGUGAAUUUUGAGUAUAUUGACGGGGAGCAACUAUCAAAUUUGGCUAUUAAAAUGGAAAACUGUGCCAUGGUCUUGGAGCAGAUGAAUUAUACUUCUGAUCUAAAUUCCUUAGUUACCUUGGAAAGAAUAGUGAGACUCUUGCCUCAACCUAUGCAAGCCCAGUGGGCGGACUGGGUGGAUAAAUUGACUGAAGAUAACAGGGAACCGACCUUCGACGAGCUCACUCAGUUUAUCGCAUCGCGUGCGAGAGUGGCUUGUAGUAGAUUUGGACGGUUAGCAAACCGUUCUAGAAAAGGACAUAACGUGAAGACGAACUGUCACGUGCAAUCAGAGCAAGGGAAUAGUUCGACAAUGAAAACUAAAUGCAGUAUGUGUUCGUACGACCAUGCCAUUGAUAAAUGUCCACAGUUCUUAGUGCUUACAGUUCAAGACCGAUGGUCUCACGCUAAAAGCAAGGGUAUCUGUUUCGUCUGUCUUAGACAAGGACAUAAGGUUAAUGAAUGUAAGAUGACAAGGCUCUGUAAGGUUGACAGUUGCGGGAGGAGACAUCACGCUCUGCUGCACACUGACUCGACAAGCAACGUCGUAAAUGAUAAGCCAUCAUGCCCGGAAUAUAGGAAAAGAGUUAUUAAUCAUACCAGUAAGAUACAGACACUAGAGAACGAAAUACGUAAGCCUUAUGACGUAGAGUUUUCAGAUGCUUAUUCAAGUGAUAAACCAUUAUCAGUAGACGACAAGGUGGCUAUAAAGAUUGUGGAAGGUGGCACGCGCUUCGGCAACGGUCAUUUUGUAGUUUCUAUACCUUGGAAAAAGAAUCCAGAUAUGAAAGUGGAUAACUAUGAAGUAGCAAACCGUAGAUUACAAAGUUUGAAGGGUAUGUUGUCGAAGGAUGUCAGUCUGCACAUCAAGUAUAUCGAAAGUACUGAAAGUGAUUUUACUAAGACUUAUGCGGAGAGGGUCUUUGAAAUAUAUCUGCAGUCUUAUUAUCGCCCUCGAUGGUAUUUACCUCAUCGUGCAAUAUUAAACAUGAAAAACCAGAUCUUAGAGUGGUCCUUGAUUGUGCCGCCCAGUUUGCAGGGGUUCCCCGAAAUGAUAUGAUUUAUCAAGAACCCGAUACUACCGUUGAGUUAAUGUGUAUAUUAUUAAGUUUUCGCAAGGAGGCAGUUGCAAUCCCUGCAGAUGUUGAAGAAAUGUUCAUGCAAGUGAAUGUCCCUGAGUCUGAUCGAGGAGCUUCAAGAUUUCUGUGGUGGCAGGAGGGGGACAUGUCGAGAGGACCGUCUGAGUUUCAAAUGACAACUCAUGCAUUUGGUGCCACAUCAUCGCCCUUUCGUGCGAACCUUGCCUUGAAUAAGACGGCCCAAAUAUUCUCUGACGAUUAUGAUAGUUAUGUCGUAGAUACUGUCAAGAAUAAUUUCUAUGUUGAUGAUUGCUUGAUAUCUAUUCCCACUUGUGAUCAAGCAAAGAGUUUCGUUAAGCAUAUAAGUGAAUUAUUAUGUAGAGGAAGUAUGCAAAAAUGACCGAUCUUGAAUCUUGGUUCAAAUGUCCUAUUUUAUUGCAUGGCGAGUUUUAUAUAACAAUCACUGACUGUACGGAACCUACUCUUGACGAUAUUGAGUUUAGAAAAACUGCUGUGGUUAACUUGAGUAGUAUAAAGUACAACAAGACACCUGUUCUCUUUUAUUAUUCCGAGUGGUUGAAAUUAGUCAGAGCUGUAACCUGGUUUAAAAGGUUCAUCGAAUUCCUGAUGGUACUUCGUUUGCCGAGUUGUGAAGGACCCGUUCAUCUAGGAUGUUUAAAGGUCAAAGAGCUUGAGAUUGCCAAGCGUAAGAUUUUAUUGAUGGCUCAGAGAGAAGUGUAUGGAGAAUUACUUAGUGAAUUUAAAAACAGCAGUAAAGUAGUAAGCCAUGAUGGUCUGAAAGGUUUAUCGUUGAUAAUGCUUGAUGGGUUACUCUGCGUUGGAGGUCGACUAAGAUACUCAGAUUUCCCAAAUGCUUUUAGAUAUCCAGUAAUUUUACCUAGUCGACACUUAGUGACGGAAAUGAUAAUUAGACAUUGUCAUAAAGAACAAGGACACGUAGGAAGAUCAUUAGAAAAAGGGUAUGGAUAUGUGUUUACUUGUUUGCAAACAUGGGCAGUACAUAUUGAAAUGAUGUGUAGUUUGAUUACUGAUUCAUUUUUAAUGGCUCUAUUACGUUUUAUUGGAAGAAGAAGGAAACCUCCAGAGAUUUACAGUGUCAGUGCGUCAAGCUUCGUGGGGACAGUUUCUGAGUUAAGCAAGUUUGUGCAGCAGUCGAAUCAGAAGAUAAACAUUGAAUUGUCAGCGAGGCCCUCAUCCAAAAGCAUGGGUGGAGUUUGGGGAAGAGUGAUUAGGUCUAUAUCACGACUGUUAUUGUUCAUCAUCAGAGAACAGGUGAAGCAGGCCUCCUUGAAGCUUUGGAUUAGUCUUUGUUGUUAUUAAUGUAGUUAGGUCGAGUAGGCGUACUGUUGUAAGUCCUACUCGUUCCUAUGGUGUGAUAUGUUAUAUAAUGAACCAUGACCGUAGGCAUCAAGGUAGCUUGUGCGGUAUGGAGGGAUUUUGGGGGCCGGUGUAAGAUCCAUUUUGAAUGUGUUGUGUGUUGGUGAAAAUCCCUCCAUGUAUAUACUUGUACUUUAUUCCUAUUGAUCACAUUAGUUGUACAUUGUUGUAUUUUGAUUACAUUUGAAUUGUUAAUAUUUGUAUUUUUGUUAUAGUUUUUGUUUUUAUUACGCAUUCACUAAGUUUGUGUUUCUUCCUGAACUGCAUCUGCGUUGUUUUACUUGACACUUGUUCUUGGCGGUAGCCAUAUUGAUUUGUUCCUCCUGUUGUGUGUGAUCUAUCCAGUCAGGAUAGAAUAACGUUCAUUUGUUGUGAUUGGUAAUUUUUCCUCAUCUUCUAUCAACUUCUUUAUUUAUUGUAAUUUAGAUUUAAUUGAUUGAACAAUCAUUGGUUGAAUAGCCGGGUGAUAAUAUUUGUUUAGGUAAUGAUUUACAUUAAAUUUAUUAUGAAUUAUAGAACCGCUAGUUACCCGA